AUGCUCUGGGCGCUGGUCCUGCCGGCCCUCUGGGCCUCCUGCGGAGCCCAGGCCGGUGACCAGGAUGAGGACACGGCUUUCAACCUCUUCAGCAUCAGCAACAUCAACCGCAAGACCAUCGGGGCCAAGCAGUUCCGGGGCCCCGACCCCCACGUGCCGGCCUACCGCUUCGUGCGGUUCGACUACAUCCCGCCGGUGAGCGCCGGCCAGCUGGGCCGCAUCGCCCGGCUCAUGCGGCAGCGGGAGGGCUUCUUCCUGACGGCCAGCCUGCGGCAGGACCGCGCGUCGCGGGGCACGCUGCUGGCCCUCGAGGGCCCCGGCGCCCACCGGCAGUUCGAGCUGGUCUCCAACGGCCCGGCCGACACGCUGGACCUCGCCUACUGGGCGGACGGCGCCCAGCACGUGCUGUCCCUGGAGGACGUGGGCCUGGCCGACGCCCAGUGGAAGAACGUCACGGUGCAGGUGGCGGGCGAGACCUUCAGCCUGCACGUGGGCUGCGCCCUCAUCGACAGCUUCGCGCUGGACGAGCCUUUCUACGAGCAGCUGGAGACGGACCAGAGCAGGAUGUACGUGGCCAAAGGCUCCGCCCGCGACAGCCACUUCCGGGGCUUGCUGCAGAAUGUCUACCUUGUGUUUGAGAGCUCCGUGGAGGACGUGCUGAGCAGGAGAGGCUGUCCGCAAAGCCAGGCAGCGGAGGCCAACGCCAUCAGCGAGAACACGGAGACGCUGCACCUGAGCCCGGCGGCCACCACGGCCUACGUGGGCCCGAGCCCGGCGCAGCGGCCGGGUGUGUGCGAGCGCUCCUGCGAGGAGCUGGGCAGCAUGGCCAACGAGCUGUCAGGGCUGCGCGUCGUCGUCAGCCAGCUGCACGACAGUCUCCGCAAAGUGUCGGACGACAACCAGGUGCUCUGGGAGCUCAUGGGCGGCCCCCCGAAGACCAGGAACAUGUCCGCGUGCUGGCAGGACGGCCGCUUCUUCGCGGAAAACGAGACGUGGGUGGUGGACAGCUGCACCCGCUGCACCUGCAAGAAAUUUAAAACCGUCUGCCACCAAAUCUCCUGCCCGCCGGUGACCUGCGCCAACCCGUCGCUGCUGGAGGGGGACUGCUGCCCGUCCUGCUUCCCCCUGGCGGACGGCGAGGAGGGCUGGUCGCCCUGGGCGGAGUGGACCCAGUGCUCCGUCACCUGUGGGCCCGGCACCCAGCAGAGAGGAAGGUCCUGCGAUGUCACCAGCAACACCUGCCUGGGGCCCUCCAUCCAGACGCGGGCCUGCAGCCUGGGCAAGUGCGACCACCGCAUCCGGCAGGACGGCGGCUGGAGCCACUGGUCGCCAUGGUCCUCCUGCUCCGUGACCUGUGGGGUCGGCAACAUCACACGGAUCCGUCUCUGCAACUCGCCGGUGCCCCAGAUGGGCGGCAGGGGCUGCAAAGGCAGCGGCCGGGAGACGAAAGGCUGCCAGGGAGCCCCGUGCCCGAUCGACGGCCGCUGGAGCCCCUGGUCCCCGUGGUCCGCCUGCUCCGUCACCUGCGCCGGCGGCAUCCGCGAGCGCACGCGCGUCUGCAACAGCCCGGAGCCGCGGCACGGCGGGAAGGCCUGCGUGGGCGAGCGCACGGAGCAGCACAUGUGCAACAAGCGGGGCUGCCCCGCAGACGGCUGCCUGUCCAACCCCUGCUUCCCGGGCGCCCAGUGCAACAGCUUCCCCGACGGCUCCUGGUCCUGCGGCUCCUGCCCCGUGGGCUUCCUGGGCAACGGCACCCACUGCGAGGACCUGGACGAGUGUGCCCUGGUCACCGACGUCUGCUUCUCCACGGGCACCAAGUCCCAGCGCUGCAUCAACACCGACCCCGGGUUCCACUGCCUGCCCUGCCCGCCGCGCUACAAGGGAACCCAGCCCUUCGGGGUCGGCCUGGAGGCCGCGCAGACGGGGAAGCAGGUAUGUGAGCCCGAGAACCCGUGCCAGGACAAGACCCACCACUGCCACCGGCACGCCGAGUGCAUCUACCUGGGCCACUUCAGCGACCCCAUGUACAAGUGCGAGUGCCGGACGGGCUACGCGGGCGACGGGCUCAUCUGCGGGGAGGACUCGGACCUGGACGGCUGGCCCAACAAGAACCUGGUCUGUGCCACCAACGCCACCUACCACUGCACCAAGGACAACUGCCCCCUGCUGCCCAACUCCGGGCAGGAGGACUUUGACAGGGAUGGCGUCGGCGACGCCUGCGAUGAGGAUGAUGACAACGAUGGCGUCAACGACGAGAAGGACAACUGCCAGCUCCUCUUCAACCCGCGCCAGCUCGACUACGACCAGGACGAGGUGGGCGACCGCUGCGACAACUGCCCGCACGUGCACAACCCCGCCCAGAUCGACACCGACCACAACGGCGAGGGCGACGCCUGCUCCGUGGACAUCGACGGCGACGACGUCUUCAACGAGCGGGACAACUGUCCCUACGUCUACAACACGGACCAGAGGGACACGGACGGCGAUGGCGUGGGCGACCACUGCGACAACUGCCCCCUGGUGCACAACCCCGACCAGCUCGACGUGGACAACGACCUGGUGGGCGACCAGUGCGACGACAACGAGGACAUCGACGAGGACGGCCACCAGAACAACCAGGACAACUGCCCCUACAUCGCCAACGCCAACCAGGCCGACCACGACGGCGACGGCCGCGGCGACGCCUGCGACUCGGACGACGACAACGACGGGGUGCCCGACGACCGGGACAACUGCCGGCUGGUCUCCAACCCCGCCCAGGAGGACGCCGACGGUGACGGGCGGGGCGACGCCUGCAAGGACGACUUCGACAACGACAGCGUCCCCGACAUCGACGACGUGUGUCCCGAGAACAGCGCCAUCAGCGAGACCGACUUCCGGAACUUCCAGAUGGUGCACCUGGACCCCAAGGGCACCACGCAGAUCGACCCCAACUGGGUCAUCCGCCACCAGGGCAAGGAGCUGGUGCAGACGGCCAACUCGGACCCCGGCAUCGCCGUGGGCUUCGACGAGUUUGGGCCGGUGGACUUCAGCGGCACCUUCUACGUGAACACGGACCGGGACGACGACUACGCGGGCUUCGUCUUCGGCUACCAGUCCAGCAGCCGCUUCUACGUGGUCAUGUGGAAGCAGGUGACCCAGACCUACUGGGAGGACCAGCCCACCCGCGCCUACGGCUACUCGGGCGUGUCCCUCAAGGUGGUCAACUCCACCACCGGCACCGGCGAGCACCUGCGGAACGCGCUGUGGCACACGGGGAACACGGCGGGGCAGGUGCGGACGCUGUGGCACGACCCCAAAAACAUUGGCUGGAAGGACUACACUGCCUACCGGUGGCACCUGACACACAGGCCCCGGACAGGCUACAUUAGGGUCUUGGUGCACGAAGGGAAGCAGGUCAUGGCGGACUCGGGACCCAUCUACGACCAAACCUUCGCGGGCGGGCGGCUCGGCCUGUUUGUCUUCUCUCAAGAAAUGGUCUAUUUCUCGGACCUGAAGUACGAGUGCAGAGAUGUGUGA